UUCAAUCCAUUUUCAUUUGUGUUUCCUUCACGGAUGUGUACAAUUUGCGUCAGAUUUAAUGGAAAAUUUUAUUAAAAUUUUUGCAUAAAUGAUAGUGGUGAGUCAAGUGCAAGUUUCUACACAAGUUUGUCAAGAUGUCGUCCUUCAUAAACCACAGGAAUGAUAGUACAUUGAGGAUAGACGAAGCGACUACGAAAGACAAUGUUACGUAUUACAAAAUUCAAAUUAAAGUGGGCCCUGUGAACUGGAGCGUUUUGCAUCGGUACAGUGACUUUGUGGAACUCCAUGACAAGCUUGUGUUCGACCAUGGGGUGUCCAAAGAGUGGCUUCCACCGAAGAAAGUAAUACGCAACAAAACACCGAAAUUCAUCGAACAAAGACGGGAAGCCUUAAACGAAUACCUUAACAAUGUCUUUAAUUAUUUAAGACUGACGAUGCCGUAUGAAUUUGCUCACUUUUUAGACUUUCAUUUGUAUGAUAUAUUUUUCUUGCUGCAAGAUUUGGCUAAGAAACUGUAUUUGGAAGGAGAUGUGCUGUUGCAAGACGAGAUGUCGUUUAAACUGACUCCAUUGGAGUUACAUGCUAUAAGCGAAAGACUUAAAAUGGCCUGCCCGCCCACCGAGAAAGUGGAUCAAAUGUACGACUUCAGUCAUGUACUCGACUACUGUUCACAGCUUCGCUCACUCACCAUAGAAGGAAACUACGAUAAACUGGGCACCAGUAACGUGAUACCCAAUGAUUUGCGCUUCGAUUUAGUGCCUUUCAAGUCUCUGGUAGACUUAAAAAUUAUCGGAGUGCCUAUGCAGUGUAUACAAAGUGUUGGCACUCUCCGUGAUACGCUAGUGAGUUUAACAGUGAUGAUAGCAAGUGUUGUAUCGCUCAACGAGUUUCUAUUAGUGGAUAUUUUACACAAGGAUCCUUCAAGCAUAGCUGAUACAGUGAAAUGGAACAAACUAUCGGUCAUAGACUUCGGCAGCAAUAACAUAGAACAGGUCGAUUGGGCCAUCAAGUUGGUGCCUAAACUGCAACACCUGAGUCUCUCCUCCAACCGGCUAAAAGAACUGUGUGACAUAUCCUGCCUACACGACCUUCGGAUACUAAAUUUGUCUAUGAACAAUUAUUCUUUGUGCGAAAACUGGCACGCGAAAAUCGGGAACAUUGUCAAAAUUGAUCUAUCCCAGAACAAAGUGAUAACCCUGCAAGGAUUUUCCAGGUUAUACUCAUUGGAAAGUCUAGAUUUAAGCUGCAACAUGAUCACAGAUGUUGAAGAAGUCCAGCAUAUAUGCAAACUCCCUUGUUUGGAGUAUCUAUGGUUGACCGCCAACCCUGUGGCGUCCUCCAUAGAUUAUAGAGUGAAGGUCAUAGAGCAGUUUAAUGCGCGGAUGUCAGAACUAUGCCUGGACAAUGAGAGGCCUUCAGAAAAGGAAUUGGAUACCGCUAGAGUCUUACAAGCGUUGAGGGUAGUCAAAGAAGGAAAGACGCCGACAUUUUUACAGAACAAUAAUACCAGCCAUAGCUUUAACAAAAGUUGACGAUAAUUGUAAACAAACUGACAAUAUUAAAGUUACUACUGCAUGUAUUUGAAGUAAAUGUAAAUUCAAUAUUUAUUUUGUAUAUUGCCUUGACUACUAUAUUAAUGUUUCCUAUGAAUGUAAUAUUGUUUUUUGAAUUCACCAGCUGAAAUAACUAUUUUGUAAUAUAAUUUUAUUUAAUUAUGACUAAUAGUACUUCUCAGUGUAAUAAUCCUAAAGUGCCCAGUGAAAUAAAAUUUUAAAGACUAGAAAUAAUAAUAAUAAUAGCUCUGCUUUUUAAUGUGUAUUCAUAUUACUACCAUAGGCCCAUGCCCGGAUUCUCUCGCGGUCGCCCGUUGCCGCCCGCAAUAAGGAUGGGGUAGCUUGGGAUCAUUGUACGAAAUUAUAUCUGCUCGGGGACCGGACUUUAGUAGUAUGAAUAUACCUUUAUCGCUUUAUUUUUUCUUCUGUAGCAACACUGCAAUAUUAUAACACCUUGUGAUAUUGGAAUAGUUUUUAGGCAUAAAAAAACGUAAAUUUUAUAUUCGUAAAUAAUGAAUAAAAUGGCCAAUUUUAAAUUUAGAAAUUAGUCGAACAUGUAAUGGAAUAUUAAUUGAGCUUAUAAAAGUAAGACUUGACUAAAAAUACUUAUAGUACAGAUUUUAAAUAAUGAUUUUGACUUUGCGUGUAUUAAAUCAUAUCCAUCACAUCAGCCUAAACACAUUGAACUUUAGAUUACUCUUAUUUCCUGCGAAAUAAGAGCGACUUUUGCAGUGCUACUGUCACGUUUGAUGUGCAGUCUAGUUUAAAAUUGUUUAUUACAUUUUUUUCUUGUUUUUAAAGCUAAGUCAAGGCUUUGAGUGUCUUAGAAAUAUAAAUAUCAGUGAUAUUAUAAAUGGAUAGAAAAAUCCAUUUUUGAUAUGUAUAAUAAUAAAGCUAUAGUUAGUGUGCAUAUUAUUAUUAGUUUUGACAUAAUUAUGUUUACAUGACAUAUGAUUUUACAAAUAUUUGUGUAAUUGAACCAAAUGAAAAUGUAUGUUAUGAGUAGUAACGUAAAGUUUAUUUUGCUCUACCCAGAUUUUGCAAUUUGCAAAUAUUUGUACAAACAUGUGUGUAUUGCGUGAGUGAACUCGAAUGGUAAACCUAAAAGUUCACGCUUAUUAAAACUUUAAUUGAAGGACUAUUUUUUGUGAAUAUUUUUGUAUUUAUAGUAAAUAAUUUUGGUACAUUUUGUAAAUAUCGAUAUUAUUUUAAUGAAAUAUUAUAUCAGUUUACUUGUAAAACAUAAUCCAGUAAAAUAUUGAC